CUUCGUGAUAUAUUUCUAGCUACCUUUUGGCAUCUGCCUAGAUCAAGGGCAGGCGCAUCACCAAAUCUCUACCGCGCAGACUCAUUCUUUCUUGGAGUGUCGCGAUCGUUCGGCGAUUGGCUUUGCUGGGGCAGUUGCUGGGUUUUGUUGCUGGCCAUGAGCUACUGAUUAACAUUCUACCAACCUUUCAAGAUCCGCCGUCUUUCCGGAUUAGAAAAGGACUAUUUAGAAUACGUGUCGCCUCACGGAACCGUAUUCUUUCUGGAUCAACACCCAAGUCGACACAACGUCCUUGGGACGGUCUGAACUCGACUCUCGCUGACCUCUCCCACCGCCGGUCCCCCGCCGUCGCGGAUUCACCAACCAAAUAACGAUCUGCAUCGCGUCGACCUCGACAUUUCGGCAGAAUGUUCUUUCUCAAGGAGGAGACCAAGGUCAUCACGUUGCACCCGUCCUACUUCGGGCCCAAUGUGCGCGAGUACCUGAUCAAUCGGCUCAACGAGGAGGAGGAAGGCCGCUGUACCGGUGACCACUUUGUGAUCUGUGUGAUGGACAUGGUGGAUAUUGGCGAAGGACGGGUGCUGCCCAGUGGGGGACAAGCCGAGUAUACGAUCAAAUACCGCGCGAUCAUCUGGAAGCCGUUCCGCGGGGAGACUGUCGAUGCUAUCGUGACUUCCGUCAAACCCACGGGGAUCUUCACACUGGCCGGGCCACUGUCCGUCUUCAUUGCGCGCAAAAACAUCCCAUCCGAUAUCCGGUGGGAGCCCAACACGGUGCCUCCACAAUAUACAGACCAUGCGGACCAGGUGAUCGAAAAGGGCACCAGUCUGCGACUAAAGAUUCUUGGUGUGAAGCCGGACGUGGCGGCGAUCAACGCCAUUGGGACCAUCAAGGAGGACUAUCUCGGACCACUGUAACAUCUAUAACCUUACGAACGAGAGGACCGCCAUCUUCUCACAACCGACGCCGAUAUACCCCAAUUUUCCUUGACCCUACUUCUCUUCUGUUUCCAUUGCCCCGAUAGAACGACACAAGCGGUCCGGUUGGCCAGGACGGAGGUAUGAUGGCGUGACUAUGACCGGUGGAUCUGGUGACGGGCACAUUGUUGAACCGUGCCCUCGCUGGCGCACAGGACUGUUUGCUGCGACAAGCACCGCUCCCCAGGUUCGGCAGUCUGGAUAAGGAGAGGGUCGCCAAUUCUACCCCGACUCUGAUGGUCACCGAGAUCAAUACUGUACGAUGAGAUGACGAACUAGAAGGAAUAAUACUAGAGAAAAGACCGACAGCGGUCGACAGACAGACAGACAGAAAAAACAGUACUGUAUUCAAGACUGGGGAUUGACCCAGUAUCCCGC